CAAUUGUGAUUUUGGUUCCUUGAAUCUGAAUUAGAAGAUUGAUUCACAACAGGAACAGACAGUAUGCUUCAUCAGAAAUUGAAUUUCAAUUUUAGAGGUCCACAAAGAAAGCCAAGGUCUCUGAAAUGAAUAUUCGACACCAAUAAUAGAGGUCCACAAAGGAAGGCGUAGGAGACGGGAACGCUCAUUCAAACAGCGCAACAGCAAGCAAGGUCAUCGCAGCUUCUUGAAAGGUCCUAUUUGACAUUUUCUUGCCGCUCUAUACCGUCUGUUAGAUCAACGCCAUCCUAUAUGACGGUAGUCACAUGUUGUGGCCGUGACGCUGAGGCACCAUAUCCUACCCAAUCCAAUCCUAUCCUAGAUACGUUGUGCUAGAUGAAUAUGCCUGUAGUACUUCGUAAACUACGUCCAUCAGGAGGUACGAAGCUGGUCCAGUUGGAAAAAUAUCGCGAAUACAAGAAGAUCUUACUCAGUCUACUACCACUCAAUAGCACGCGCAGGUGAGAACUGGUUUUAGUGAAUUGGGUUGGUGCGUGGGCUAACUCCUUCAGUUGGUGCCUGGGGUACAGAUACAAUAGAUUUGGAUCACAUAAAAAUAAGUGUGGUGAUUUUGUUUUUUGACGUUCUUCUUUCGUUGACGAGUACUUGGUUUAGACUGUCGUCACUUGAAUUGUAGAUCUACUCAAAAAUUGUAGAGAAAAUGUUUGGCGGUGGUCUCCCGAUGACAAGCUUUAUGCAAAUGGAGAAGGGCAAAAGCUCGAUGGCAGGAGGAAUGCCUGCCAUGGGUAUGCCCGCUAUGGGUAUGCCAAAUAUGCCGAAUAUGCCUGGGGCAAUGGGCAAGGGUAAUUGGAUGGGAGGGAUGCCUGGAGGAGGAGCAAAGGGGAUGCAGCUGCAACCGGGAGGGGGAGCCCCAUUUGCACAACCUGGUGGAGCUGAGCAGCGAGACAAAGAUAGAGAAGUCUUUGCGGGAGGGCUUCCGCAAACCUGUACCAAGGCAGAUUUUGACCGCCACUUCGAACAGUUUGGUCGCAUAGUCAAAGCAGAAUUCAAAGACGGAAAAGGAUAUGGGUACUUAAGUUUUAUUUUGUUUUUGGGCUAUAAAUAUAAACUUAAGCUCUGUGUUGUAGUAGGGAAUGAUCCUCUAAGUCUAAGACACAACGACGAUGAUGAUGAUGGUGUAGUGUCUUGUGAGGAGGUUUCCUCUUUUAGUGUGAGACACUACUACGCAAGAAGAAAUGCAAGGGCUAGUAACAACAUUAAGUAAUAAAACUCAAUACCACGACGACGUCUCCACCAGGUUUAUCACCUUUAGCGAGGUAGAAGAGGCCAAGCGAGCGAUAGACUGCGCAAGAUCGCAUCCUUUACAUGGUAAGCUUGUGGAUGUGAAACCUGCAGAGAAGCGCGCACAAGCAGCCUUCAACUUAAACCAGCAGAGCCAGCAAAGCGCGCAGUGGCAGGCAAAUCAGCAAAAUGGCGUUAAGGCUAUAGGAUCCAUCUUCAUGAUUGACUGCAUCGAUCAGUGAAAAGUAUCGGUACUAUUCCCCCAAUGAAUAGAUAGAAUCCUUUGACUUAUUAAGGAAGGCAACAUCUCCAUUUUCCCCGAAGGAGAAUAUCAGGACUCCCCUGAUUAAGCGGAUAAGUAUAUACAGUAGAUUUAUAAGAAGAACGUCAUAUCAUGAGGGAUCAUACAGGUAGGUGAAAGAUGAUGUAGGUGAAAGAUGAUCGCUCUAAUACUAGAUCCAACGCGAUAAGAGCACCCUCGAAACCAGCUUGCAUCUUCGUGGGGGGACUUCCACCUACCUGCCAUGCGGAGAAAUUCCGAUCUUACUUUGAGAAAUGGGGCAGAGUUUUGAGGGUACUUUUUGAGGUUGAUGUUGUCUGUAGAACAAGUUUAAGGUUUAUUAUCAAUUUAACCGAUUAGAAGUUUUCCCUCAUUAUUCCUAGGGCUAGUCCCUCAAAUCAAUACUUUUGCUGAAAUAGAGACAACGAAAGGCCCUGUUACUUCUCAAGUCCGGCAAAUGUUGAGACUGUUUAUUCUUCAGUAACAAGUUACUAUUAGAACUACUUCGUGAUUUUAUAGCACUAAAAGCCACGAAAAUUUUUUAGUAUUUUUCAAACCAUUGUUGUUCUACAGAAGUCAACUUUGUUUUUAUUUUUCAAACCACUUCUGCUUAACACCUAUAGGCGGACUUGCGGGAAGGAAAGGGAUACGGGUUUAUCACCUUCGAGUCUAUGGAAGUUUUGAAUAUGGUGAUUGCAAAUAGAGUUAAGGCUUCCCCUAAUCGUCCAUCUCUUCUAUAGGGAUCCCUCAAGCAUAUGUGCCCCAAUACAAGGGAGACACUGACGCAGAUGCUUGAGGGAUUUCCACAGGGAUGGAUCUGAUAGAGGUCUAAUAGAAAGCAGCACGCGAUAGACGGGAAGUGGAUUGACUGCAAGCCAGCCGAGGACCGCAGGCAAGCGCAAGACGCACUAGCGAAAAGUGCGGCAACAGCGUACUUAUCACUUUUAUUUCUAUAUCUCCGCUUAGGCUUAUCAAUGUGUUUUUCGCAGGGAGGUCUGCUCUAGCUACCACAAAUUUAUGGUUGUACUGAAAAUAACCGAGUUAGUGACUGAAAUAAGGGAGGUAGCUUUGACAAGGCCACUCUUCCUUGUUCAGUAUCUCGCUUAUUUUAAGUAGUUCCUCGGUUAUUUCAGUUUUUCGAAGAAAGUGAAAGACCACCAUGUAAGUAUCCUUGUUUUCCAUUGUCCAGAAGAAAAAACACCGACUACAGCAAUUAUAACGUGAUCUGCACAAGUACUUGUUUUUUUUUCUUCUCAGACCUCUCGCAGCAUAGUCAGCGACCGAACAAGAGAAACUAGUCAGAUAGGCAAUCAGUCACUGAAUCACAAAAUCAGACUGAAUCACUCAAUCACAAACAGACCAGCGCAGAUGAUGUUCGAUCCCACGAGCAUGACGCCCUCAGCAGAUCCGUUUGGGAGCAUGAUGAACCCUAUGAUGAUGAUGAUGUCGUCACCUGAGAUGAUGGUAGCCAUGUCUGGCAUGCUUCCGACGGGCAUGGUCAACGCGAGCAGUGGUGACGCGACAACGAGUUCCGGCUCGGCAGCGCAGGCGUUAGAUAACAGCGCAGGAGCAGCUGCCGCGGCAACUACCGCGAACGCUACUACUACAUUAAGGGUCGUUUCCAUGAAGUCCUCACUACAAUUUCACUCCAUGGAAAUACUGAUCUUAGAAAGUCGACCUAGGCUCAUCUUAUUACUUAUAGUGCAUUCCCCACUAUUAGACCCUCCUUGGCUCUUUUCUCAAUCCUAGAAGCAGACACAGGAAGGCGUUAGUUCUGAAGAUUGAGUGUAAUGUGAUCGCGACCUCUAAGUGCAGGAGCAACAACUGCGACAGGAGGAGGAGCAACGGCGACAGGAGGAGCUGGCUCAGGCGACAUGUCUGCGAUGAUGAAUAA